UCGAGAUAAUCUUCUUUGCACCUAUUCUACUGCGAUACAAGAAUUAAUAAAUUGCAGCGCCAUGGGAACUGCUCCAUUUCCCAACCAUUCUCCAAUCCAACAUAAAAUGAAGGGCUUUGUUUAUUUGUUGAUAAAAAGAGGAAGGUGCUCGUGGGUUGGGCCAUCGAUGAAGUGCCAUGUCGGUGCCACAUCGCAGCGGUGGUUACGCUGGUGUACCACAGCAAUAUAACCGUCCGUUCGUUCUAUCCUGAGUCCUGACCAAAAAGUUAAGAAGAAGAAAUAAAAAUAAAAAGGAUAGAAGCAGGAGAAUUUGAUCGGAGCAUGUGAUUCCUGAUCAAUCAAGUAAAGCAGGACUUGAGCUAAUCGUGUCAGCAAAAUGCUUCGAGUAGCUCCGCUGGUGCGGUGCGUUUUCGGGGCCACCUUCGGAUCGGCAUCGCCAUCCGACGUAGCAAAUCACUUUGAAGAUUAGAAGAUUAAACCACGCCUCACAAACCCAACCACGCGCCAUCCCACAGCCCGCAGGGUCGGCCCAAAACCCUGGAGGCUUCUCCGCGGCCGGAUGGAGAUAACGGUCGCGUUCUCCGCUGAUUGCCCGCCGCUUCCGGUCAUCGCCGCAGCGAGGGUCGCCGGCGUGCUUUUCUCCACCGACCCCACCCUCCCUCCAGGCUCCGCGCCCGUUUUCCGCUUCGAUUCCGGAUUGAAAUUGCAAGGAACAAACACGCUCCUACGAUAUAAUGGGCGGGUUGCAGCAGUUCCCAAUUUCUAUGGCCGGGAUGUGCUUGAAUCAGGACAGAUUGAUGAAUGGCUUGAGUUUGCUCCAAUAUUUCUUUGUGGCUCGGAAUUUGAGAGUGCUUGUGCCCAUGUGGAUGGCUAUCUAAACCUGCGGACUUUUUUGGUUGGAUAUAGUUUGUCUAUUGCUGACAUAGCAGUAUGGUCAGGUCUUGCAGGUACUGGACAGAGAUGGGAAAGCCUUAGGAAAUCAAAAAAAUAUCAAAAUCUAGUUCGUUGGUUCCAUGGCAUUGCAGUGGAAUAUGGUGAUUCUCUCAAUGAAGUCACAGCUACUUAUGUUGGGAGAAGAGGGUUAGGCAAGUUACAUGCAGCUAAGCCUACUGGAGUAGCAUCAGGCAGUAAUCCAGCUUUUAAGGGAAAGGAGACAAACGGGCCAGUUGUUUCAAAGGAAAAUGCUGCUGCAUUUGAAGUAGAUCUUCCUGGUGCAAAAAUUGGGGAAGUAUGCUUGCGAUUUGCCCCAGAGCCUAGUGGGUACCUCCACAUUGGGCACACAAAGGCUGCUCUUCUGAACCAGUAUUUUGCUCAGAGAUAUCAAGGGCGGCUACUUAUUUGCUUUGAUGAUACAAACCCAUCAAAAGAAAGCAAUGAGUUUGUAGAGAAUCUGCUAAAAGAUAUCAAAACAUUGGGCAUCAAAUAUGAUGCUGUUACUUAUACAUCUGAUUAUUUUCCUCAGUUGAUCAACAUGGCUGAAAGCUUGAUUUGGAAGAGAAAAGCAUAUGUGGAUGAUACACCUCGGGAGCAGAUGCAGAAAGAGAGGAUGGAAGGCAUAGAGUCAAGGUGCAGGAAUAAUACUAUUGAUGAGAAUCUAGCAUUAUGGAAAGAGAUGAUUGCAGGGUCUGAAAGAGGUAUGCAGUGCUGUUUACGAGGUAAAUUGGAGAUGCAGGACCCAAACAAGUCGCUUCGAGAUCCUGUUUAUUACCGUUUCAAUCCAGAUCCUCAUCAUCGUAUUGGAUCCAAGUAUAUAGUCUAUCCAACCUAUGAUUUCGCUUGUCCAUUUGUUGAUUCCAUUGAAGGUGUGACCCAUGCCCUUCGCUCAAGUGAAUACCAUGAUCGCAAUGCACAAUAUCAUCGGAUUCUUGAGGAUAUGGGCAUCCGGAAAGUCCAAAUAUAUGAAUUCAGCAGAUUGAAUAUGGUAUACACGCUUCUUAGCAAGCGUAAACUUCUUUGGUUUGUUCAAAAUGGGAAAGUCGAGGGAUGGGAUGAUCCUCGGUUCUCUACCGUGCAGGGCAUAGUACGCAGAGGUUUGAAAAUUGAGGCAUUAAUACAGUUCAUUCUUCAACAGGGUGCUUCUAAAAAUCUGAACCUUAUGGAGUGGGACAAGCUGUGGACCAUCAAUGAGAAGAUAAUUGAUCCAAUAUGCCCAAGACAUACAGCUGUCCUUGAAGAAAAUCGUGUGAUGUUGCUUCUUACAGAUGGUCCAGAGAACCCAUUUGUCCGCAUCAUUCCUAGGCAUAAGAAAUUUGAGGGUGCUGGGACAAAAGCUACAACAUACACAAAGAGAAUAUGGAUUGAUUAUGCUGAUGCAUUAUCAAUCACAGAGGGUGAGGAGGUAACAUUAAUGGAUUGGGGGAAUGCUAUCAUAAAAGAAAUCAAGAAUGACAAUGGGCAGAUCACACAUCUGAUUGGAGUUUUACACCUUGAAGGUUCUGUUAAAACUACAAAGCUGAAGCUUACAUGGCUUCCUGAAAUGGAUGAGUUAGUUCGUCUUUCACUGGUUGAAUUCGACUACUUGAUAAAGAAGAAAAAGCUGGAAGAAGGAGAGGACUUUUUUGAUAACCUUAAUCCUUGCACCAGAUGAGAAACUUCAGCCCUUGGGGAUUCCAACAUGCAUAAUCUGAAGCGAGGAGAGAUACUUCAGCUCGAAAGGAAGGGCUAUUACAGAUGCGAUGUACCUUUCCUUAGACCUUCAAAGCCCAUUGUUUUGUUUGCAAUUCCAGAUGGUCGACAACAGACAUCAUUGAACUGACUGCCAAGCUUUCUGCAAUCUAAUUGCUUGAAGUAGCAGAGUAUGCCAUUUAAAGACUGAUUGAUGCUGUACUGGAACUUGCCAUGGGUUCGGAGAGAUGAAAAUUACAUUUUUUGAAAAAAUUAAAGAGUGUUAUAAUAGUGGAUCCUACAUGCUUAAUACAUGAAUGAUCUUUCGAAUUAAAGCUUAAAUUAUAGCUGCAGAUGGAGUUCUAGAGUGACUGGCAAGACACCAAAAUGCUGAACAAAGAUCUUUAACUGGCUUCUUUGCUGAUAUCAUACUUUAGCUUUUUUGUUUGCUAAAUUAAAUUUUCUAGCUGUUUUCUUUUCUGA